AGAAGAUUUGGUACCAGGACUGCGGGACUGAUGUGAAGCGGUUAGCCGGCAAUUUACGUUUGUACGUUAGGAACAGCAAUUUUCGCUGAUAAGUAAUUGAUAUAAUCUGUGCUACACGCUUCUUUACUUAAGAAGACAUCAGAGCUGCUCCAGCUAAGAGCGUCGCUCCAGAACAUACACAGUAGUUAGGGUCGAGCAGCCCAAUUUGCGUGUCCUAGGGUGCUGGGACACGGCAACGGUAAAGCAAGUGUUGGCUAUAACUUAAGAUGGCUGCAUCUUGCUUUGUUGCGCUGCGGGAGCGAGAAAGUGCCCUGCCCCGCAACAUCGUUGCUCAAGCGGCAACGUUUCGCUGCGACACCUCCCGCUCAUAUGGCCAACUCCAUCGCAUGGAGAAAGAACGGACUCUGACCGGCCAUAACGGCUGCGUCAACACCGUCGCCUUUAACCCGGCCGGCGACAUCCUAAUCAGCGGCUCGGACGACCAAAGCGUGAUCCUUUGGGACUGGCGGAGAGGAGUACAACGGUUCCAAUUUGAGCCCUUUCACCUCGACAACAUAUUCCAGGCCCGCAUGCUGCCGGGCACUGGCGACCGUACCCUGAUCUCAUGCGCAGCAGAUGGACAGGUAAAGGUGUCGUACCUCCAUGACGGCGGCGGCAACGUCAUCUGCAAACGCCUUCAUCGUCACCAAGGCCGCGCACACAAGCUCGCACUUCAGCAUGCGAGUCCGUACAAUCCGUACGGCAAUGGCUCAUCGGCUGCUGCCGCGGUUCGCGACGUUUCGUCUUCCGGCCUGUCCCAUGGCGGGGCCGGUGGCGGCCCGCCGUGCUUCUACAGUAGCGGCGAGGAUGGCGAUGUGUGCUUCUUCGACUUGCGAGUUACGGAUGCGGAGCCUCUGGCACGAAUGGCGGCCACAGCGGGGGGGUCUGGUAGUGCGGGUGGAGGGCGGAACCGGCAUCGCCAGGUCAUUGAUAUAAACGCCGUACACGUCAACCCGGCUCGGCCCUGGCAGUUGGCCGUUGGCGGCGCCGACGAGUCGGUCCUGAUAUAUGACAACCGAGCGAUGACCUCAACGUCAUCAUCCUACGUCAGUGCGUCGUCGCCGUCGGCACCGCGUCGCACGGCGUCCGACGCCGCCGUCGCGACGGCGGCGGCGGCGCCACACUUGCACUCACACUCGCCCUCGUCGUCUCACUCGCCAUCGUCGCCGUCAUGGCCGUCGCGCGGCGUCCGUCGCGGCAAUGCGACGAACGUCGUCGUGUCGACGGCGGGUCGUUCGCGCUGCCAAAGAGUCAAUGGGCGAUUGCUUGACGAGCUUUGUCCAAAGAAUCUCCGGACGCGGCGGCGAGGCGGCGGAGGCGAUGAUGACGGCGGCGCUUCCUCUUUAUUUGCUCGACCCAUUUGCGUUACGAGUGUGGUCUUUGGGCAAAACGGUGACGUACUCGCGACAUACAACGACGACGACGUCUACCUCUUCAGGCCGCCAGGAACCCAGGGAAGUGGCGGCGGCGAGGGCAAGCCGGGCGGAACCGGGAGCGAUGACGAAGACGGGGGUUCGUACGACAGACGUCGGAGGCAGCAUGGCGGCCGCAGCGGCGGCGGCGGCGGCGGAUCUAUCUUCGGCCGGCGGCGUAGCAGUGGUGGCGGCGGCGAGGGUGAGGAAGGGGAAGAGAAGGAGGAGGAAGAGGAUGCGAGUUUUCUCCGACCUUCCCGACGGCGACGUCGUACGGGUACGACAGGCGCAACAACGGGUACGGCAUCGCGUACGGCAUCACGUACAGCAGCUACUGGGAGAACGGCUAGUGGUGCUGCAGGCGGCGGAGGCGGAGGCGAGGAUGAGGAUUACGUGAUUGGGAGGUACAGCGGUCACCGCAACAACCGCACAGUCAAGGGCGUGUCAUUCCUGGGGGAGCGGGAGGAAUGGGUGGUCAGCGGCAGCGACUGCGGCCACAUCUUCAUCUGGGACCGCGCCACCUGCGCGCUGCAGAGCUGGCUACCCGGCGACACGCACGUGGUCAACUGCCUGGAGCCGCACCCCUGCCUGCCGCUGCACAUGGCGACAUCUGGUAUCGACGAUGACAUCAAGAUCUGGGCCCCCACCGCCCGCCAGCCCCGGCCCCCGGGGCCCGAGGCGGAGGCAGCCGCGGCCGCGAACAUCCGACGACGCCAGGCGGCCCACCGCGGCAGGCGGCUGGGUGGGGCCCGCGGCUUGGCGGGGCUGUUGGGAGGGGUGGCGGAGGCAGCGGGACAGUCGGACUUGAUGCUAGUACAUCCCGCGCUAGCCCUGCUGUACCAGUUGUACGGGGGACUUGGGAGCGAUGACGAUGAGGAAGACGGGGAGGAGGACGGAGAUGAGGAGAACGAAGACGACGAGGAGGAGGAGGAGGAGGACGAAGAGAUGGAAGGAGAUGAGUCGGAGGGGGAGGGGGAUGACAGUGAUGCUGACGGG